AUGACUAAUGAUGAUUAUAUGGAGAAUUUUGAAGAGUUAGUGAUAUUUUUACCCGACUAUAAUGGUGUGGAAGUUGAAGGGUUGAAGUGCAUAAAGUUUGAGAGUGGCUUAUGUCCUAAGAUCAAGCAAUUCAUUGGUUAUCAAGAGAUUCUCCGAUUCUCAAUGCUGGUGAAUAAGUGUAGAAUCUAUGAUGAAGAUAGUAGGGCCAAAUUUGUUCACUACAUGAGUGCUAGUGAAAAUAAAAAUGGGAAUCAAUAUCAUAGUAAACUGUACAUGACUCCAGCUAAUAAAGGAAAACAAAAGUUCCAUAAGAAGAUUAUAUGUGGGAAAGAGACAAGUGGGGGAGGAGCUCCUGCUUCUCUGAAAUGCUUCAUGUGUGGAGAGUUGGGACAUCAUGCUGCUGAGUCUAUGAUUGAUACCAGUGCGACGCAUUUGUUGGUAUCUCUUGAUUGUAUAGACAAGUUGAAUCUUAAAGUGACUUCUAUGAUUGGAAGUGUGGUCUUUGAUACCCUGACUAAUGUUUCAGUGACUACUUCAUUGGAUGAUCAAAUGCUCGUGAUGUUCGCUUCUUUGAGUGUGGAAAGCGAUGUUGUGGCUAGUGUUAUGCCUAUGGUAUGUGAGUUUCCUGAUGUUUUUCCUGAUGAUAUUUGUAUCUUUCCAUCGGAGAAAGAAGUUAAGUUCCCCAUAGAUUUAGUGAAUCAUAUUAGACCUGUGUCAAUGGAACCAUACAGGAUGUCUGCAUCCAAGUUGAGUGAGCUAAAGAAGAAGUUAAAAGAUCUACUUGAGAAGAAAUUUCUAAGACCUAGUGUGUCUCCGUGGGGAGCGUUUGUGUUGUUGGUUAAGAAGAAAGAUGGUAGCAUGAGGUUAUGUGUUGAUUACCGAUGA